AUUGGUCUCACAGCAUCCAAAUUGGCCCAAAGUUGGCGGCUCCAGCCUUGCUCUGCAUUCGUUUCUUCCGCCCUGUGUGGCCGGCCUCAUCUUGCGGUCAUUUCAGUUACACGGCUCUGAUCGUAUCUGAUCUCUUCCCUCCUCGAUCUUUCCUGCGUCUGCAACCAUCGGCUUGGCAUCCCGGCUGGUCGGCGACGCCUGCAGCACACACACACACACACACACACACACAAACGGAAGCUGCGCCAAAAGUUGCUCUUGCCUCACUACAGAAGGCACAGGGAAGAGGGAAGGGGAAGAAACACCAUCCAUCUGUUUUUUGGGCAGAAGCUUUUGACAGAUCCAAGGCCCGCCCAACAUGAGUGAGUUGCAAAGAGCUUGGGCCAAGAGGAAACUCGACCCCAUGCAUCCUCUGCCGGAGCCCCUCAACGACCUCGACGAGGAACCCGAGACCGAUCAGCUCCCCGAGUUGCCGGAGCACAUGGACGACGGAGACUCCUCCUCGGCCUCGUCCGCCUCGUCCGCUUCUUCUACCGGCACCAUCAUCCCGUCUCCGAGCCAGAACCUCUUUGCUCGACCGCAAGGUGUUUCGAGGGGCCGCACUCUGGAGCAAAUCCCGUGGACAACCUACUUUGAGCGAGAACUGUUUCUGAAGCCCAAGGUCGAAGACGAUGUUUCUGCCACCGUGACGUACCACGCCUACCUCAAUUCCCCUGUGGGAAAGGGGCCCCUCUUCGUCAUGCACCACGGUGCCGGCUCCUCUGGCCUCUCGUUCGCGGCUCUCUCGUCCGAGAUCAGGAAACGCCUUCCUUCGGCCGGCAUUCUUUCUCCGGAUGCUCGCGGCCACGGCUCGACGGUCAUCACGGAUGGCACCGAGCUCGACCUCAAGCUCGACGUCCUGACGGAAGAUCUUUUCAGCGCCAUCCAGCUGACAAAGGCCCAGAUGUCUUGGCCUGAGCUUCCUCCCGUCAUACUCAUCGGACACUCGCUGGGCGGCGCCGUCGUCACGGAUCUAGCCAAGUCGGGGAAGCUGGGCAACGCUCUGCUCGGGUACGGGGUUCUGGAUGUGGUGGAGGGCUCGGCAAUGGACGCUCUGCAGAGCAUGCUCACAUACCUCUCAACGCGGCCCACCGGCUUCGCCAGUUUACAGUCCGGUAUAGACUGGCAUAUCCGCUCACGAACCGUCCGCAACUCCGUGUCGGCGCGGACGUCGGUGCCAGCGCUCUUGGUGUACGACGACUCCAUCGACCCGACGAGGCCGUGGAGAUGGCGAACGGAUCUGGCGGCGACGCAACCGUUUUGGGAAGGCUGGUUCGUCGGCUUGAGUAAGAAGUUCCUCGAGGCGAGAGGUGGGAAACUGCUUCUGCUGGCGGGUACGGACAGGUUAGACACGGAGUUGACGAUUGGCCAGAUGCAGGGCAAGUACGCAUUACAAGUGUUCCCAGAGGCCGGGCACUUCAUCCAAGAGGAUCUUCCAGAGAAGACGGCGCUGGCAGUCGUGGACUUUUACAGGCGGAACGAUAGGAGUGCCUUGGUGUUGCCGCCCAAGGUUGGCGAUCUGCUGAAGCAAGGCAAGAGAGUCUAGGGGUCCCUGUUCUGUGUGAAUACUGCUCCACAGCGAAAGCAUAUAACCUCCCUUUUCUUUUCUCGUACAUUCAUAGUUAUACCCCUAGCUUUCGUAAGCUUGGUCAAGCAGAUCAAAAGCAAUUUACACGAUGGUUAAACCACAAAGUCUAGCA